GGGCCAUUUAAAUGUGUGUGAGGGAGAGAGCGAAAUGGCUGCGCAGGUCGCUGCGGUACGCACCGUGUCCCGGGGCGCGGAAGAGACGCCUUCGCUGCCACUCGGCGACCGGCCUGGUCGACCGAGGGGAGGAGGGAGGAAGCGGAAAGGUCCUCUCGGGGAUGCUGGGAGCUGCAAGAGGGCGAAGUUGAGCCAGCCACCGCUUACGGUGAGGCCCUCUCAGGCAGAGCCGCUGCCGCCGCCGGCCUCUGUUCCCGGCCUCCCAGCGACUCCUGUCCUGCCUUCCGCCCCCGCCGGGCUUUUCACUUUCUCUCCGCUUAGCCUGCCCCCGCAGGCCCUGCACUGCGAGCGACGGCAUCACCACCGGCACCGGCACCGUCCGGACAGCGGGGACUCGGAGCCUGGCCGUUCCUCUGGGGAGAAGAAGCCCCACAAGGGUAGGCGGGGAAGUUCCGGUGACGGCUCUCUUGGGCGGCCCAGCAAGCGAGAAACCCGAGAUGAAAAUGGCAAGACAGAAAGAUCUGACAGUCUUAUUGUAAAGAAAAUAAAGAAGAAGAAGAAAAAGAAACACAGAGAAGACAUGAGAGGGAGGCAUCUGAAAAUGUACAACAAAGAAGUACAGACAGUGUGUGCUGGUCUUACUCGUGUCAGCAAAGAUAUGUUGACUCCAGGGGAGAGUGAUAAUUUGGAAGAGAACAAGGAAUCUUUUAGGUAUCUAAAAGACGAGCAGCUGUGUCAGUUGAAUGUGGGCAUGGAGGAAUAUAGGAUACCCCAGGGGGUGCAGUCUCCAUUUACUACCCACCAGGAGCAUUCUGUUCGCAACAGCUUCUUAAAAACAGGCACUAAAUUUAGUAAUUUUAUUCAUGAAGAGCAUCAAUCAAAUGGAGGAGCUCUAGUUCUUCAUGCCUAUAUGGAUGAACUCUCAUUUUUGUCUCCAGUGGAGAUGGAGAGAUUUGCAGAAGAGUUUCUUGCUUUGACAUUCAGUGAAAAUGAGAAAAAUGCAGCUUAUUAUGCUCUAGCGAUAGUUCAUGGGGCAGCUGCAUACUUACCAGACUUCUUGGAUUACUUUGCUUUCAAUUUCCCUAGCACUCCAGUGAAAAUGGAAAUCCUUGGCAAAAAAGACAUUGAAACAACCACAAUUUCAAACUUUCACACUCAGGUCAGUCGAACGUACUGCUGUGGAACUUACAGAGCAGGUCCGAUGAGGCAGAUCAGUCUUGUUGGAGCAGUAGAUGAAGAAGUUGGAGAUUAUUUUCCAGAGUUUCUUGAUAUGUUAGAAGAAUCCCCAUUUCUUAGAAUGACUUUGCCUUGGGGUACUCUUUCAAGUCUCAGACUUCAAUGUAGGUCACAAAGUGAUGAUGGGCCCAUUAUGUGGGUAAGACCUGGUGAACAGAUGAUCCCAACAGCUGAUAUGCCAAAGUCACCAUUCAAAAGGCGCAGAUCUAUGAAUGAAAUAAAAAAUCUCCAGUAUCUACCUCGGACCAGUGAACCCCGUGAAGCUCUCUUUGAAGACAGAACAAGAGCGCAUGCUGAUCAUGUUGGGCAAGGGUUUGAUUGGCAGAGUACAGCUGCUGUUGGAGUUUUAAAAGCUGUGCAGUUUGGUGAAUGGAGUGACCAGCCUCGUAUAACCAAAGAUGUUGUUUGUUUUCAUGCUGAAGAUUUCACUGAUGUAGUUCAAAGACUUCAGUUGGAUCUGCAUGAACCUCCAGUAUCACAGUGUGUUCAAUGGGUUGAUGAAGCUAAGCUAAACCAAAUGAGACGAGAAGGGAUUCGUUAUGCCAGAAUCCAGCUAUGUGACAAUGACAUCUACUUCAUCCCUAGAAAUGUCAUUCAUCAGUUCAAGACAGUGUCAGCUGUCUGCAGUUUAGCUUGGCAUAUAAGACUCAAACAAUACUAUCCUGGAGCAGAGGAUUCUCAGUGUAUGGAAAACAUUUCAAAUACGGACACGGUGAAACUGGAAGGUGAAGACCAAUGUGUACUUAUAAAAAAAGAGUCUGAAGAAGAAAGAGAAGUACAGACUGCGACAGUAGCAUCACCAUCACUGUUUUCAUCCCUGUCAUGACUUGUUCUGCAACAAGAUUAGCUGGUUUGCCCCUUCCAGCUUUUAAAACUAGAAUCAGAUCAGCAACACAAUCCACAGAAGGAUCAUAUACUCUUUCUUGUCUGAUAUGUACAUAAUCAUACAUUUUUAAACAGCUUUUUAAAAUUUUGAUGUGAAGUUAUAGUUUUAUAACUGGGUUAUGUUUUAUUGGAGAAAACUUGCCUAUAAUUCUAUAAAGAAAGGUGACAUUCCAAAAUGUCAAGCGUAUCUUUUUUACACAGAUUAUGCAAAGUUAGAGUUGUAUUUUAUUCCCUUAGUACAGCAUGUAGUAGUGGACUACAACUUUUUGCAUUUCUUUUUUUAAGGGAUGAGGUAAAUAAUUCAACAUCUCAAUAGUUUUCCUUCAGAAAUAUCAAGUAUUUAACACUUGAUAAGUCUGAUAACUUUUCAUCUAUUUUAUCUUUAGCUUUCACCAUAAAAGGGAUGGUUUCUGUGGCAGAUUCACAAAGUGACUCUCCCUCCCAUUCAAUUAAUGGCUUGAAUGAAAGAGAAAGCACAGCACUUUUAAUGAUCAAUGACAUUUGUAUGUGUGAGAGAGUUUGAAAGCCUGGAGGAAGCUCAAGUUACCAGCAGUGUAGAUUAACUCUUAAUUGCUUAAGAAGACAUUCAGUAAGAAGUUGAUGUAUGAGAUUAGUUGCAGAGUGUAUGAACUUGUUGAAAUGAAAUUAUCAAUACAGCUCUUUCAUGGUCCUCUGCUUUUAAUGUAUAUUGGAAUAUUUUUUUAAUAUCUUUCCGAACUGCAUAACUUAAUACACUAGUGUCUAAUGAAAGUAAUUGUUAGCAGUCUCUUUGACGAAACUGCUAUCUUUGAGCACUUUAAGGCUUUACAAUAUUUAAACCAACUUGGUGGCUUGUUUAAUUCACAAUAGGCAUCUUAAGAGAGAAACCAUUAACUCCUUCACAUUGAGGCACUUAAUAUAAUAGGGCAGGCCUGUAUCUCCUCUAUUCUUUAUAAUUAUAUAUAACUGAUUCACAAUAAACUGUCACAUAAUCAUAUAUGGAUUGCUACUUUAGCAAGUAAUUCUUGGAUUCCUUAAUGCUAUAUUGGAAGAUUAAACAGCACAUGUUAGUAUAUUCAGUAUAAUUGGCUGAUAUUAUUUAGCAUUCCUUCAAUAUUUCUCAGCAUUAAGUAGAUUCAGCUUUUAUUCAUUAUAUACAGAACAAUGUUUGUUUUGGAUAGUAAAAUGAAAUUGACCCCCUAAUAGUUCUGAACUUCAUCACGAUUUAAUCAAAAUUUAUUUGUAUUUUAAAAUCUGUUUUUUAAUGUAGAAGAGAGAAUGGGAGCGCUACACCAAUGCAAGUCAACAAAACAGUUGUGAGGAAAAUACAAAUAUUCGUAUGUUUGUAACAGCAAUUUGUGCAAUAUUGUUUUGUGUAGAUUAUAAUAUAAGCAUAUUAGCACCUCAGUAAAGAGGACAGAGUUUUAAACAAAUCGCAAAAUAAUCAGAAAACUUUGCAGUAUUUAGAUAGAACUUGUAUUACUCCUGAUAUAUACACGUUUAUGUAUUGACAUUGGUGCAGUCCUGAAGACAAGUAGAAAAUUUUUCAACAAAUUGACUUUCCAUACUGAAGUUGUAGGGACUUUCUAAGUAAUCUGUGUAAAUAAAGUGUUUAGAUUGAAACCUUUUUACAAAAGGUACUGAGUUCUUAUACAGGAGUGUAGCUUUUAAUGAAAAAUUCUAGAUUGACCAAUACUGGUUCAGAAAACAUCUGUGUACAUUUUUAGAACCUCUUCUGUAGGUGUGGCCUGCUUUGUGGGAGUGGCUUGCUGGCCAUGUGACUGAGUGGGAG